GAUGACAGAACAAUAAAGAGAGAGAGAAGCUCUUUUCCACACGCGCGCCCCCGUGUUUCUCUGUGCGCGUGACACGACUGCUGUUCUCUGUCAGCUCGUGACAGUAUUAAUAUCGGCUCUGUUAAUAACGUUAAUUAUCUUGAUGAGUGAGACAGUGGCUCGAGAGAGAAGCGGACACACCGCGGCGACGGACGGACAGUAUUUAUAUGUCUGGGGCGGUUAUGUGUCGGUGGCGGAACAUGAAGUUUUUCUUCCAAAUGACGAGCUUUGGUUGUAUGACUUAGAAACUGGGUUAUGGGAAAGGCACGGCAUGUGUGGGUCGAUUCCCCCGUCCAUGUCCGGGACGUGCGGCUGCAUUGUGAAUGGACACCUGUAUAUAUUCGGAGGAUGCUGUGAUGAUGGACAGACUAAUGAACACUACUCAGUCAAUCUGCAUGAUGGGACGUUCACCUGGAGGAAGGUCAGUCAUCGGUCAGGAUCUCCGCCGUCGCCGCGUGAUAAACUGUCCUGUUGGGUUCAUAAAGGAAGAAUGAUCUACUUUGGUGGAUAUGGUCACAAACUGCUGAGUGAAAUCAAGGAUCCGAAGAGCUUCACUGUGGAUGAAGCAUCAUGGGCCGAGGACAUUUUCUGGGGAUGGAACAAUGAAACGCAUGAAUUUGAUCCGGACAGAAGCAGCUGGACUGAACCACAGACCUCUGGCCGUUCUCCUGCGCCGCGAGCCGCUCACGCUAGUGCCACGAUCGGCAGUAAAGGUUACGUGUGUGGCGGAAGAAUAAAGGAAACUAGAACCAGUGAUGUGUUUUGUCUGGAUUUAAACUCAUGGACAUGGUCAGAAAUCUGGUGUCGUGUGUUUCUCAGCGUCUCCUCCAGCGCCGCUCCGUCAGGUCGCUCGUGGCACACGCUCACGUCAGUGUCAGAUUCCUCUCUCUUCAUGUUCGGUGGACUCAGUGUGGACUGCAGACCCUUGAGUGAGGGAUGGAUAUUUAAUCUGGAGACGAAAGGAUGGACAAGGAUGGAGCAUCAAUACAAGGACAAACCGCGGCUUUGGCACAGCGCUUGUCAAGGAAGAGACUCAGAUGUGAUUGUGUUUGGAGGAAGUCAUGAUUAUAUUCUUCUGGUGGACAAAGGCCACUGCAACGAUGCGCUUGUUUUCCAGACUCAGCCGUACCCGCUGAUACGAUUGUGCGAGGACUUCAUUGCGAGCCGCGCCAGAAUGUUUCGGUUCCAGAUUCUCUGUUUGCCACCAAAACUGAGACGCGCUGUGCAGAAACGGACAACUUUCUUCAGGACAAACAGAAAAACACGGAAUAUAUUCAGAACCUUGGAAUGAUUGGUUUUAAAAUAACCCAGGUGAAAAAAUACUAUAGUAAUUUAUAGUAAAUACUAUAAGUACUUGAAUUAAUUUAUUGUGGUAAUUCUGUAGUUGCUGUGAUAAUAUAACAACUAUAGUAAUAUAAACAAAUUACCCAAUAUUGUACUAAGUUUUCUACAACUUUAGGGUAUAUUAUACUACAAUAUACACUACAGUUUACUGUAGUAAAAACUAAAGUAUACUAU